CGCCUGGGAGGAACGUCAGAGCGUCGACGCGGGGGUUUUCUCUGACCCGCUCCGCUAACCCUGCUCUAGUCUGGGAAUCUGCACCUUUGGCUGGGCUAUCCUGGGCGAGCAGGCCGGUCAACACUCGCGGGCCGGCGCGAUUAUCCGAGCUUUGUGCUCCGACUGAUCGCCUUCACCUCCCUUCCGGUCUCUCUUUCGGGGCUAACCGCCUCGGAGGCUCCUCCGAGCGGCGGCGGCUUUGGGACUUGGCCGGGUGCAACUAGGGGCCCAUCCCCUCUCCAGGUUCGAAUGGGAGGCGGAGAGAGCAGCGGCCUGGGAUGUUCAGUCUGAUGGCCAAUUGCUGCAGCUGGUUCAAGCGGCGGCAAGAGCCCGUCAGAAAGGUGACUCUUGUGAUGGUGGGACUUGAUAAUGCUGGUAAAACGGCAACGGCAAAGGGAAUCCAAGGAGAGUAUCCUGAAGAUGUAGCUCCUACUGUUGGAUUUUCCAAAAUUGACCUUAGACAAGGAAAGUUUGAAGUCACCAUCUUUGACUUGGGAGGUGGAAAAAGAAUUCGAGGAAUCUGGAAGAAUUACUAUGCCGAGUCCUAUGGAGUAAUAUUUGUUGUGGAUUCCAGUGAUGAAGAGAGAAUGGAAGAGACAAAAGAGACAAUGUCGGAAGUGCUAAGACAUCCUAGGAUAUCAGGAAAGCCUAUAUUGGUGUUGGCAAAUAAACAAGACAAGGAAGGGGCUUUAGGAGAAGCUGAUGUGAUUGAAUGUCUGUCUCUAGAAAAAUUGGUCAAUGAGCACAAGUGCCUAUGCCAAAUAGAACCUUGUUCAGCAAUCUUGGGAUCUGGAAAGAAAAUUGACAAAUCCAUUAAAAAAGGCCUUUAUUGGCUACUAAAUAUCAUUGCAAGGGACUUUGAUGUCUUAAAUGAACGCAUCCAAAAAGACACAACAGAACAACGUGCUCUUGAGGAACAAGAGAAACGAGAAAGGGCUGAAAGAGUGCGAAAGUUACGGGAAGAAAGAGAGCAGAGAGAGCGAGAGCAGGCUGAACUUGAUGGAACCAGUGGUCUGGCUGAGGUGGACCCAGAACCAGUUAUUGUUAAUCCUUUCCAGCCGAUAGCGACUGUAAUCAUUGAGAAUGAAAAAAAACUUGAAAAAGAGAAAAAAAGGCAAAAUAUGGAGAAAGACAGUGAUGACUGCCCCCUGAAACAUAAAAUGGACUGUGAGCAAAUAGAGACACAGAGCCAGAUCAGUGACAGUAGCCAAAAAAACAAUGAGUUGGGAAUAGUAGAAAAUUAUAAGGAAGCAUUAACACAGCAGUUGGAGAAUGAAGAUGAAACAGACCAGCCAUCAUCAGAAUCAGAUAACAAUAAAAAGAAAACUAAGAAACUAAGAAUAAAAAGGAGUCACCGUGUAGAACCUGUUAAUACAGAUGACGCUGCUCCUAAGAGUCCAACGCCACCCCCACCACCUCCUCCCAUUGGCUGGGGAACCCCUAAAGUCACUAGACUUCCAAAACUUGAGCCUCUUGGUGAAAUCCGUCAUAAUGAUUUCUACGGGAAGCCACUGCCUCCCCUGGCUGUGCGACAGAGACCUAACAGUGAUGUUCAUGACAUGAUCUCAUAACCAGGUUACGUGGAUGAGCUCUCUUAAUGGCAAGAUAAACUGGAGCACCUUCUUUUUCAAAGAAGAAAAACCUUGACCAUUGAUAACUGGGGCAAGAUAACCAUAGCAAUUUCAGUGAGGAGAUUAAUAGCCAAAGACCUGACUGAUAGGAUAAUUACUUAUCCAUGUUCUUCAUGUUUUAAAAAAAAAAAAGAACAGCAAAAUGACCAGAAGAUGGGAUGAGCAUUUGGACCAAGUUAGCAAGAGUUAGUAUUGACUAUGGUUUAUACAUCCCCACUUAUGGGUGUAUUCCUGAAGGAAAGAUUUUCAACAAAAGAGCCAAUGGACUCUGCACACCUUCGUUAUUAUUUAAUAGUCUUUAUUUCUGUAGCUUAAACAUUUUUUUAUAAGAUUCAUAUGCAUGGAAGGGGAACUCUUGGGAAUUUAUAACCUAAAUUUUUAACUUUUUAUAUUUUUCUAAAACUUAUGUUUAAGAAUUUUAAUUACUAUGAUCUUGACUGUAUACUUUUCUAUAGAUACUUUGUUUAAAUUGUGUCUGGAAAAUGGAGUUGACUUAUUGGACAAACAUUAACUAUACAAUUAGGAUAUAUUUAUAUGGUUUGAGAUAUUAUUUAUAAUAGUAUUGUUCUUGAAGUGUAUAUCCUAAUUUGACCUAAUUUUAAACUAUACAAACAGAUAUAUUUAUAUGGUUUGAGUUAUGUUUUAAUAGUAUUGUUCUUCAAGUGUAUAUUCUAAUUUGAUCUAAUUUUAAAAUAACAUUUUUAAAAUAGAUUCUCAGAUUUUAAUUCUAACAAAUUACAUUAUUUAAAAGCACUACCCAAGGAGAGAGUUCAAUUUUUUCCUGUCGUUUGAUUUCUUUGGUGAUGUAUCCUAAUGAAUGUGACUUGAAAUACCUUCUUGACCAAAAAUGCUUUGUACAUUAGUAAAAAUGUAAUUGAGAUAUUAUUAAAUGUCCCAAUAACACCUCUUUUAAAGUUAAAACCCUUUCAGGGAUCAAGGUGCUCCUUUGUUCUAUCAGUAGCUGCAGUAACUCUUAGGUUUAUUAUAAUUCUUUAGUGCCUUGAAAUUAAAGGCAAAAGGACUGAAAAAGCUACUGUAGUUCCAGAGACUUGUGUUUUAUAACAGGGAAGUGCUUGGGUACUGAAGCAAUAAGAAUAAAAAUGUUGGUUUAAAAUUACUUUUAUAAAGAAAUAAUUCCAAAAGAAUUUGUCAAUUUAAAAUAAUAGCAUUUUUUUUGUACUGAAGAAUGGCAUUUGUGGGAUUCUCUAUUCAUCUGGCAUUUAGACAGACUUUUAGAUGUAUAUUUUGAGUAAUAGAUUCAUAACGUUGCAUUUAAUUGAAGGCAUACAUUUCUGUUAAGGUGAAAAUACUAUAAAUCGUAUGAUUUCUAUGUCACCUUGUUAAAACUGUCCAGUUCGGUAGUAUGUACUGACAUCAGACAUACUGCUGACAUUAACAUGAUUAAGUAUGUCUAAGGCUGUUUAAAAUGAUUAUUUACUUUUAAAAUUUACUUCAGAGCAUCACAUUUUAUUUACGUUUUUUUACUUAUCGAACUUUUAUUAGCCAGGUCACAUAUUUACUCUAGUCAGCAUCUUACGGAGUUUUUUUGAGUUUUGUACAUGGGACCUACCCAGCACACUGAGUAAAAAGCAUUCCACUGUAGAUAUAAAAUUCAUAACAACCUAAAUUCGAUAGGUGGCUGAAAUGUAAGGAAGAUCAACACAAGGAGACAAAUGAAAAUUUUGAACUGGAAUUUAAAGGGAAAAAACUUGUUUGUACAUCUUUUUGGUUUCUUUUGUAAUGUACAUUUAUUCAUUUUUUUGAAACACUAAACAUACUUUUGCCACCUUUUUAAUAUUCAUCUAAUUUGAGAAUAUAUAUGUUGUAAGAAACUGUUGUUUCCUACCAGUGAUUACUGUAGUGUACAUUAAUUACUGAGUCCAUUUAUUAAAAAUAAUUGAUUAAAAUUAAAUACAUAAUAAAGUGAAAUUAAUGUUUUAUAUAUUUCAAAAGUUAAUUUGUAUCUUUAAAGCAUUCUAAAAAUAUUUUAAAAGAACUUUUGUAAAUCCAGGUGGCUUUUAACAGUUAAAUGCCUAUUUUGUUAUGCUGCAUUUUUAUAAUUAAUCAUCAUGAGUUAUGACAUUUUUAUUCAAUAAAAAUAAUUUAUAACAGUGUA